CCACCCCCCAGUUAUCCCCCAGUUUACCUUCGGACUAGCCUGUAAUGGACUACUCCGGUUUUCCCAGCAACCUGGACGGAUUUUGAGAGACGUAGGCAUAUGUUUUUAAACUCCUUCUUCGCCAUUUCUCUCCUUUAAAGUCAGCAUUAUGGCUGAAAAGGAGUCCGAAUCGCCUGGGAAACUAAAGACAUUAUUAUAGCCAGAAUUGGCUUCUUUUCGGACCUAUAUCCGAACGGACAAUUUCCUUUAACAACUUUCCCCUCUGUGGAUAAUGGAUGGCAGAGAUUUCGGUCCUCCCCGAUCCGUCCACGUACCCCCACCGUUGUUGGCGGGGCUCGCAAUGGAGUCUCACCGACUCGGAGCAGCAGCAGCCGCGGCAGCAGCAGCCGGGAGGAUCCCUCCCUCGCCCGGCCACUUGGGCGCGAGCCAUCCGCCGCCUCUCCACUCCGGGAAAUUUUUGCCAUCGGCCAUUAACCUACAUCCACAUCACAGCGAUGCCUUUCCGGCCGGCAGUCCCUUCCUGUCAGGUUAUCCAGGCCCCUCCGCCUUGACCUCUGACCCCACAUACAGAUCAACCAAUCCCAGUGGGCUACAGAUGGCUCAACUCUGGGCAUCACACGCUCAUGAAGGCUACCCUCCUCUCCCGAGCAGCCUGUACUCCAGCCCCUACCUGUCCCUGGGCCACCUGGAUCCUCCCCCGCUCUCGCAGCACCCUCUCUAUGACUCCCAUAAAGAGGGAUACUUCCUGUCAUCCUCUUUGAAUCAAUCGCCUCUCCACCCCCCAUCUGCUUCAUCGACCACCCCCUCCAGCUCCACUACCCCUCAGAGGAUCUCCCGGGAUGGGGGUAGGGACAGGUCGUACCGGGGAGAGAGGGAAAGGGAGAGGGAGCGGUUGCGAGAGGAGCCGCGCCCGCACAGUGUGGUCGACCUGACGCAGGACGGGAGGAGCGAGGAGGACCGCAGGGUGGGAAGAGAGCGGGAUCGGGAGAAAGACAGGGACCGGGACACAGAAAGAGACAGAGAUGGUUGGUCCUUUCAUCUGCACCAGCAAAAGUCAAACUCUCAUUCUUCCACUGUGGAGUCGAGAUCCAGACAGUCUCCACAGCCUUCUUUUCCACCUGUUGGGGGAGGAGGCGGGGAGAGGUUUCAUGGACCAGAAACGGAAAGAGGGGGUCGGGACGAGGAGGGCAGCGGCUCUCGACCCCACCACAAUCAUAACUCUAAUGCUAAUUCAGAUAACUCCAACUCAGACCGACAGAGGAAGAACGAGUCUGUGGCCACGUCCGCUGGGACCCUUCACAUCUCUUAUGUCCUUCCUCCUGCUCUCCAGCCGUCCACCGCUGGUCUUCCCCACCUCUCCCUACCCAGAGAGCAGCGAGUCAGCGCACCUACAUAUGUGCCUUCUGUGGAGGUAUACGAUGAGCGGGUCGGGCCUAUCCAGAUCGCCUCUCAGGCCCGAGACAACAAACACACGGACAAACACAGAGACCGGGAACGGGACAGAGAGCUUGACAGAGAGAAAGACAGCUACAGGUUUCAUGAGAAGACUCUCAGGGAGCAUCCUCGGCUCCAGUCUGGCGAUUUAAACAAUCAAAGAGAGGAAGGUUCUGUCAUUUGCUCCAAUGGUUCCUUUGGUAAAAGAGGUCAGGAUGCUUCUUUCUCUUCAAAUCAAUCACAGUUCAGCCCAGAAACCAGGGACAUCUCCAAACAUCUCAGAAUUGGCAUAGAGCGGGCAGGGGCGGAGCCUAAGUGGAAUGCCAUUAGCCCGUUGGCCAACUACGCCACAAAUCAAAUGGCCGCUCUUGCCGCCCAACACGGACACACACUCUCCUCCCCCCACAGCCAGUCAGCACACACACAAAAGUCAAGUUCUCCUCACACAUCCCAUCGACCCAGUAGCUCACAAUCCUCCCACAGUCAGUCCCCCCAAACACAACAUGGACACGGGCGCACAGAUGAGGAGGGGAGUCAGAGACGCUACCUGGCCCCAUCAGGGCUCUACAGACCCGGGGGCUCGCUGGUGGGAGCGCCCGCUGACAGAGAACGAGGCGGAGGGGCCGGUCUGGAUUCCACCGAGGUUUCAGCCAUGCAGAGUCUGAUUAAAUACAGCGGAAACUUUGCUGCUGAAGGUCCCGUUUCCUCUAGGCACAUUGUAGAUGGGCGGGGAGCUUUUGGGGGUCUGGCUAGUAUUGGGAUGGUUGCUGAGAGGGAGAGGGAAAAAGAACGGGAAAGGGAUAAGGAUAGAGAAAGGGUUGCAGUUGGAUCAGGCAGUUCGGGAGCAAUGAGGGUGCCCCCUCAGCUGAAGAGAGAACAGGAGCGGCCGGACAGCGCCCGCUCGUUUGGCCGGGAGGCGGAGGGCGAGGUGCGCCACCCUCCGGUUGGGAUUGCUGUAGCCGUGGCCCGACAGAGAGACAGCGGGAGCACCAGUAAACAAACCAGUGGAACCUCAGACGCACAGAGACCCCUGCUGCAAGCAGCUAUUAAAGAUGAGGAGCGAGGGGAAGACCGGCCUCGCCAUCAUGACGACAGACUGCUGUCUGGUCGGCUGGAUCGUGAGCAAGAGAAAGCAAUCAGAGAGUCCAAGAAUCUGUCUGAGUUUACACAGAUGCAUCCGGCUCCUCUGUCAAGUGGCUUGACACCUAGUAUGAUGACGCCAAGCCUCAUGACCCCAAACCUUAUGGUCACAGGAGGAGCUGCUCUAGCAGGGCCAGGGAGGUGGCCUCCAGACCCCUCAACUCUGACCUCUCACCCCUGGAUGCCCCGGCCUGGAGCUCCUCCAGUCUGGCUCUCCAGCUCUCCAUACGGCCUGGGUGCCUCGUCACUCCACCAGACCCUCCCCCCAGGCUAUCCACCCUCUCUGCCAGGUUCCAUGCCCCCUCCUUACCAGUUUGCCAGGGACCCUCAGUCUGGACAGCUGAUCGUCAUCCCUGCUGAACACCUGCCACAUUAUGGAGGGGAUCUGCUGGAGCGUGGAGCCCCAGUGUGGUCGGGUGUGUACGGUUCAGGGAGCUCCUUGCAGCACGCAGCCCAGCUGCAGCUCCUCUCCCAGCAGCAGAUGCUCCGGCAGCAGGAGCUGCUGAUGAUCCAGCAGCACACGGUGCAGGUCCUGGAGCUUCAGAGGAAUGCCCAGCUAGUCGAGCGCUUAAAAGCCAGCGAGCACCGGCCAGAGUUGGAAGAAAAAGCAGACAAGCGGAACGCUGAUCCAAAAACCCGACCUUCCUCAAUAUCCUCCCCGCUACUCUCACCCAUUCUGCAUCCCCGCAAACCUCCCCUUCCCUCUCGGUCGCCAACCCCAUCUACGACCUCCCUCACCCCACUGCCUCCUGUCUCCUCUCCGGUGACCACUCUUAAGUCAGAGGGGGGAGGGCAGAGAGUCCCAUCGCAUGCACCAAAGCCCCUUCCUCACCCGGCUUCUCCCCGUUCAGCAUCUCCACCCCCAUCCUCACCACGGCGGCCAAAACAGGAGGUGGUGGAGGAGGGGGAGGUGGGUCGGAGGGAGCAGAGAGAGGGGCAGAAAUCAGCUUCUGUAUCUUUUCAAGGCAUCUACUCUGAUCUCCCUUCAGGUUACCCUUACCAAUCCAUCACUGCACCAUACGGGACACCCUUUCCACCUUAUCACCUCGCAGCACCCACAGCAGAAAACACAGAAGCACAUCGUCCCUGCUCUCCUGCCUCAGCUGCCUCUUUACCCUCAGCGCACUGCCAUUCAAGGCUUCCGGAUGCAGAUAUCAAACCACGGAAACUAGAACCAGCAAAGACUGGCUCUUUCCUCAAACAGGAACCUGGCGAGGAGCCGCCUCAGCUCGAUGCAACACCAGGCUCGCUCGGUCCUCUUCCGCGGAGCUGCAGCCCUGUCCGGGUCAGCGACGAUGUAGAGAUAGACAGGCAAGCCCCGAAGCCCAAGCCUCAACCACUACCUCUGCACGCCCCCAGUCCUCCAAUGCAACAAAGAGAGAGAUUGAGAGACAUCAGGGAAGAGGAGAAAGAGGGAUGUCCAGUUAACAUGGAGGUGUCAUCUUAUUCGUGUCAGACGGUGUAUACGCCACCUCCACCACAUGCUGAACCUGAGCCUAAACAAGAGGUUGCCAAGGAACCAGAGCAAACUCAAUAUCCAUCAGUCAUAAUCGCAGACUCAAACAACCAAGAAGUGUCUCAGAUGUGUGUGUCAUUAGAGCGAACUACCGUCACUGCAUGUGAACAAGAACAGCCCGACGCUCAAGACGACUUAACCUCUGCCAGUCAGAAAGAAAUCUGCCAACCUCCUGUAUAUCCUUCACCCAUUCCCACCUCUCCGAUCCCGCUUGUCAUCAGUUCAGAGGAUCCCAUGGGGGGGAUGCUUGCCCUGCUAACAGCCAGUGAAAUCGCCCAGGCCAGGCCCAGUUCACCACCCAUCCUGACACUCAUAUCACAGGUAGAAAAUCUUCCUGUGGUUUCUGAUUGUAGCAGUGCUGGGCCCCUGGAGAUGGUGGCUUUAGAGGGGAUGGCCCUUCUCAGCCAAAUGGCCCAACAAGAGAUUGAUUACAUGAGCCAUGAGCAAGAUCUGACAUUAGAGGGUCUAGACUGUCUUCUUGAAGCCAGCAGACAAAUCCUGUUGGAGGCCAUUGAGACACAGUCCCACAUCGAUCUGCCAAGAACGCUGGAUCCAAACAAGAAGUACAGCUGGAGGCAGAGGAAGGAGGAGCCACUGUACAGUAAAAUGUCCGUGGACAUGCUUGACACUGUGGAAGUUGAAUACCGUGUUCGCCUGGCUGAGCUUCAAAAGACGUACAAGGAGAAGCAGAGAGAGCUGAGCAAGCUGCAGAGGCGCAGAGACAAGCGUGAGCGGCAGCAGCAGGAAGAUGAGAGGAGGAGUCUGACCAGACGGGGCAGAGGAAGACCAAGGAAGAGGAAACACUUGGCCACACCUCCCAAACUGGACAGCAGGCCUGGAAAGGUGGGUAGGACAGUGCAAUACUCUGAGGACUCUGAAGCUGGAGAAGGACAGAGGAAGAGGUUCCGCGUGUCCAGAGAUGAAGAGGAGGCGGAGACAGGAAGUGGCGCGUUGAAGAUUAAAAAAAAGAAAAAGAAGAAGAAGAGCUGGAAUGAACAAGAGCCAUCCACCAGUCACUCUCUGGAGGUGCUCAAGGCAAAACGUGGACAAAUGUGCGAGCAAGAACAGCUGGCCUCUGACCUGGAUAGAGCCCUGUCGCUGUCGCAGCUCAGCUCUCUUGGCGCACCCCGCAAGCUUGCCUCUGGCGUGAAGUUAGACAAGUCGAAAGCGAAGUCUGCAGAAAGCGGACUGAAGGAGCGAGGCAUCCACUCCUCCCUUAAAGGAGGGAAAGUCAAGAUGGCCACCAAGGCUUCUGCCUCAGAGAUUGUCCAGAAAGUGAAAGGUCAAAAGAAGACUGCAAUGUUCUCUCCCAUGAGAUCAGAGCUCAGCAGCUGCUCCAACAACUCCGAUUCAGAGGAGCACAAUUCCGCUCGAGGAGGCUGGCCUCCUCUCUCUGGGAUGCGUUCCCACGGCAACCUGACCAGGAAGAGGCGGCCCACAUCGUCACCGACAUCCCUGCAGCCCAGACAAAAAUCUCAGAAGAAGAAACACAAGCACUUAUCCCUUCUCCUGGAAGAGGCGGGCCUCAGCUCCUCUGACGACUCCUUUGACCAAGAAACCUCAGAGGACGAGUCCGACUCGGAUGAUGAUGGCGACUGUGAGGAGAGUGGACUGGGUCUGUUGGCAAAGUUUGCUGCGAGCGCACUCCCUGUUAACUCAGCCCCGUUGAGCCUCCUCCAUGAUGGCAAACAUGACAGCAGGCAAAGUACUCUGGGUUCAUCGGAGUGUGAAUGGUCAGACUCUGGCUCAGACUUGAGACUGAGGAAGUUCCCUUCUCUGCUGCAUGGGAAGCGAUCCGCCCCUGAGCUUCCCCACCUGCCUCCGGCUACGCGCCGCGUCGACCAGACCAGCCCCACCAAGCGAGAUGAAGCUCUGCCUGUCAAGCGGAAACCUCUGGCAAAACCGCGCCCCAAAUCCCGGUCACAGGGGAGAUUCAGCUUCGACCUCAGUGAGGACGAGGGGUGGAACCGGCGACGCAGCGAGAGGAUUUUCCUCCACGAUGCCACCACAUCAGCCAGCCAGAUGUCUGCGUCGGCUUCUUCCUCCACCAGCCAGAGUUCCUCCUCCAGUUUGGCCCCGCCUCUCACCCCGAAGCCCACUUCUAGACCCAAAUCUACUCCACCUGCUCGGGAGGGAAAAGAUGUGGUGAAAAAAAAGAAGCUGAAGGACUCUCCACUGCCUGUGAGCUCAUCCACUCUGUGCAGUCUGGUCAGCGAUGGCCCUGCGCCUCAGAGCCUGAGCCCGACACACAAGAGCCAACCAAAGGCCAAGACCAAAAGAGAGCCUUCCAGAGGCGCUGUGAGCCGGCUGAUGGAGAGCAUGGCAGCUGACGAAGACUUUGAACCAAACCAAGACAGCAGCUUCAGUGAAGACGAGCUCCUCCCACCACGAAGCAACAGUGUGACUGAGAGGUCCUCCACACCUGCUUCUGUGCAGUGUGUGUUGGAUAAAGACUCUCUAGUGGACGGACUCAGAGUUUUGAUCCCAAUGGACGACCAGCUCCUCUAUGCAGGACAUGUAAACACUGUGCACUCCCCUGACAUAUACAGCGUGGUCGUGGAGGGGGAGAGAGGAAACCGGCCCCACAUCUACUGCUUGGAACAACUGCUCCAGGAGGCGAUCAUCGACGUGAAGCCUCCAUCUGUGCGUUAUCUUCCAGAAGGCACUCGCAUUGCUGCCUAUUGGAGCCAGCAGUACCGCUGCCUGUACCCUGGAACUGUUGUCAACGGAAGUUCAGAUAUUGAUGAGAAUGAUGAUCUUAUCACCGUGGAGUUUGACGAUGGCGACACUGGCCGCAUCCCGCUUUCCCACAUCCGACUUCUGCCGCCAGACUACAAGAUCCACUGCGCUGAGCCAUCCCCGGCGCUGCUUGUGGCCAGCUGCUCCAGGAGGAGGGUCCGCAAAUGCAGCAAAGAAGGCAAAGAGGCGGGGACAAAGCCGGUGGAGACCACGCCCAGGAUCAAAGGAAAACCUGGUCGCAAACCUAAACCCAAACCAGAGACCUCCCUGAAUUCAGAUGGUCGUGAGAAAGCAGAUUCACCGCCUUGCUCUACUCAGUCUGCAGAGAGACCACCAGCUUCAGCAAAGUCCACCCAGGACAGGACCUCCUCAGUACAGAAAGCAGCUCAAGAAAAGCACCGGCCUGCAUCCCGGCCAACGGUGGGAACCCCGGUGAAACCAGGUCGCAAAAGCUCCACCACAUCCCCCACAAGAAGCCCUACACUUCCCAACUCAGUGCCCAGGAAGAGCAACUCUGCACAGCCACCUGUUUCUAAACCAGCCCGGACUCUCCCACCUUCCCUGUAUCCCUCCACCUAUGGAAAAGUCUUGACUGUGGAUCUGUACAGCGAGCCCAACCUCAGCUCGUACAACAGCCAGCUCAGAGAAAGAGACAGUAACAUCUCUGUCAGUCCCACCACCAACAGGCCUGUGUCUAGACCUAUUCUGACAUCCUCCGCUACACCCAAGCCCAGUGCUACAUCCACACCCAGAGCUUCCUCUGCUCCAUCCCCUAAAAUCAAACCCUCCUCAGAACACCACAGUGGGUCCAGACCCAGCCACGGCUCAGGACUCCUACCCAGCCCCAUCUCCAGGCUCCCAACAAGCAAAUCCAGCUCUUCUGUGACGCCCAGACCAUCAUCUUCACUGUCGCCCACUUCUGCCCCUAAACCCAAUCUAAAAAUGCCAUCAGAGCAACUAUCCUCCAGAACCAUCUCCAGGCCCAAACCCAGCUCUGGUCCAGGUGAUGUGAGGCGGAAGUCUUUGUCUGGAGAGCCCCUGGUGAAGCUCGACCAUGAAGGUGUCACCUCCCCAAAGACCAAAAAGACAAAAGCUCUGAUGCUGCUAGAGAGUCGAGGCGUCAGACGAGACCACACCCCCAUCGCCUCAGCUACAGCCAAUCAGAAGCUGAUGAAGGCUAAACUGAGAGCUCCAGAAAGAGAGGCGGGUCUGCCAGAGAAGGAUUCCUCCUGCAAAGCACCGCUGCUGGCUAAAGACAAGGUGGACAGUAGUGGAAAUGGCAUCAAAGGACAGGAGAAGGACACGAGGGAGGAGAAGGCUAAAAAAGAGGAAAGAAGGGGGGUAGAGAAGCGAGAGGAGAGGAAGAUAAAAGAAGAGUCUCAGAGUAGCAGCAGCUCAGAUUCAGAGGAAGAAGGAGAGAAAGGGAAGAUGAAGAAGAAGAAGAAAUGCACCUCAAGCUGUUCUUCCUCCUCUUCAUCCUGCUCUGGCUCCUCCUCAUCUUCUUCAUCAUCAUCAUCUUCAUCAUCCUCUUCAUCUACUGAUGACUCUUCCUGCAGUUCAGAUGAAGAAAGGACCCCUACAUCUCCACCGGGGCCUGUCCAAAAACCCCCAGCACAGGACAAAGCUAAAGAAGAAGCAAAAGAAGAAGAAGAGGAAGAGGAGGAGGAGUUGAAGAAGGACAUAGAAAUAAAAGUUGAAGAGGAAGAACUGUCUCCUCGCUCAGAGUCUCUCUCCCCUUCAGCCUCUCCAGCUCCUGCCGCUCCUGUUCCCACUAAACCUGCCAAACCAGCCACUGGGAAGGGCUCUGGGCAGAGGGGCCGUCCCCCCAAACCGAAGCCCGGUGGAGGAGAGGGGAAAGCGGGGAGACCCAAGCGGAGAGAGGGGGUCCACCUCCCCACAACUAAGGAGCUUGCAAAACGUCAGAGGCUUCCCAGCGUGGAGAACAGGCCCAAAAUUUCUGCUUUCCUUCCAGCCAGACAGCUCUGGAAGUGGUUUGGGAAACCCACUCAGAGACGCGGUAUGAAGGGAAAAGCUAAGAAGCUCUUUUAUAAGGCCAUUGUACGCGGCCGAGAGAUGAUCCGCAUCGGGGACUGUGCUGUGUUCCUGUCCGCCGGCCGGCCCAAUUUGCCUUUUAUCGGCCGCAUCCAGAGCAUGUGGGAGUCCUGGGGCAGCAACAUGGUGGUCAGGGUCAACUGGUUCUAUCACCCAGAAGAGACAAACCCUGGGAAGAAACUCGCAGACAAAAAGAACUGGGAUCAGAUGUGUGGUCAGUCUCUACCAGCAGCUCUGCACUCUUCUAUCCACAAAAAAGACUUCAUGGAGCGCGCGCUGUACCAGUCCUCCCACAGCGACGAGAACGACGUGCAGACCAUUAGUCACAAGUGUCUGGUGGUGAGCGUGGAGGAGUAUGAGCAGAUGACCCACACUCGCCGCUACGCCGACAGCGAGGACCUCUACUACCUGGCUGGCACCUACGAGCCGACGACCGGAAUGAUCUUCAACACAGACGGAGUUCCAGUUAUCUGUUAAAACGAGAAAAACACACACAGGAGCUCCCCCACGCUGCUGAAACCAAGUUAAGACAACCCAUCCUGUGGUCUAAUCACUGAUCGUCUCUCACGUUGGAUCCUAUCGCAACCAUGAUGCGACCAACUGAACUGCUCCCGACGCCAUGAUACACUUCAGACAGGACUGUCGCCAAGAGACAGGAGACACUACAGACAGUAUUAAAAGGAAUUCGUCUCCAAAAACGUUUGCACACACAUGAACUUUCUCAACAUGCUUCAUGUGUUCAUGGGAAACUUUCAGAACAAACCUGAGCACUUCAGUUUCCUCUUACAUGUAAAUAUACCCUUCAUGAACUCACACAUACAGUAUAUAUGCUCACAUAUACUCAAACACAAUGUAAAUACUCACCCAAUGCGCACACACACACACACACACACACACCGGUAUCUAGAGGAAAAUAUGAGUGUUUUAUUUUCAUGUUAUAGAUUUAUGUCAGAGUACUUUUUUCUGAAGAGGUAAACAGUCAAGAAGCUUUAAUGAACUGUGAAAGAUGAUGCAGGAGAGAGGCCUGUGUCAGUCCGUCCCCCCUCCCUCCGCCAGGCCGGACGCACAGACACGCACGCCCCGGUGUGAUGUUGUGAUUAUGAUGUUGCUGUGGUGAUGUUAGUCAUGUUACAGUUAUAUAAAUGUAUCUACAGAACAGCAGGACGCAAAGAAAGAGAUGCACAGAAAGAGAGGUAGACUCCUACCAUCGCUAUCCAACAGAAAGCACUUAAAGAAAAAACACUUAAAGUCUAUUUUCCUGUUAUUUAAGCCCCGCCCCCAACACCUCCCAUCAUGACAAUCCUAACUCGGGCUGACCGUCCGUGUGCUACUAAAAUGUGUGACUCCCUCAUAGACUCAGGCUAAAGAGAGAGGAAUGAAUCUUGUACUAUUGAAAGUGUUGCUCUUUUUUUUUUCUUUUGAGUUCCUUAUUUUUAAAGGAAAAACACUCGAACUAAAGCCAGCUGCUGUUGGUGUAGCAUCUGCUACACUCAACACUUUUCCUCACAGCCACACUAUGACGAGCCUGCAGGCCUGUCUGGAGGCUGUGGAGAAGCAUUCUGGGAAAUAUAGGACCCCCCCCUUUUUUUUUUUCUUUUUUUUUUUUGCAAGUUAAUGUGCAGACAAUGUGGUUAACCCAGUGGGUAGUUUCUUUCUCUUUUUUUUCUUUAGUUAGGGUUGUAAACACUGCAGUAAGUCCAAGAUGCUUCAAGGUCGUGGUUCCAAUUCACCGUGAAGCUGUCAGCACUGAUCACAUCAACAUAAUUCAAUUUCAACACUCAUCUUCCAAAGUUUGGCUUCAUCUGCUCUUUUUUCUGUUUUUUUCCCCUGUCUGCAGCCUUUGCAACCUCUAAAUGUCCUGUAUUUAGUGGACUUUCGUUUAGGUUUCUUUUUUUUUUUUUGCUGUUGUCACCCUCUGCAAUCACACGUUACCCUCUAAGCAAUCACCUCUGACAUGAGUGCACUUUGGACUGAGACUCUGUGCUCUGGGGUCUUGUAUUAUGUCUUCCUUGAGUAUUAACUAAACUCCCCCCACCCGUUCUCGCUAACACUCCUUUACAGCAACAAAUGCAAGCAGCCAUGUCUCUUUGAACACAUUUCUCCCAUUUUGGUUAUUUUAGCUGCUUAUUGUUUUUCUAUGUGCCUCGUUGAACCAUUGUUUUUAGGUUGAGACUGUUGAAUGUCGUGCUCAGGAUUUUGUGAGCGUUUUGGACAGCCUUACUCUCACAUUCCUUAUAAUGACGAUUUGCCAAAUCUCUCUUAGUCACCUUCCCCUUUUACUCCCCCCAGUUAUACUCAGUGUCUUUAAAUGCGGAGAAAUAAUCAGAUAUUUUCUCAUCUUUGCCCACUUUCCUCCAUAUAUAUAUAUAUAU